AUGGGGACGGAGUUUGAGGAGACGUUGAUGAGUUGGGAGAUUGGCAACUUGUCCAAAAGAAACAAGCAUGAGAUAUCUUUGGAUCCUUUCUCAAGCGGCGGCUGUGAAUGGUUUGUUAGGGUUUGUCCCGAAGGAUACUGUUCCGAUGGUCACUUAUCUCUGGGCCUGCACGUUGCGAAGAGUCGUAAAUCGUUGAGACUUGGAUGGAAAAGGAGAGCUAUUUAUAGCUUUGGUUUGAUGAAUCAAUCCGGGAAAAAGCUAUUCGAAUCAAGCGGUAAUUAA